AUGGACUUCGUGUUUGGGCUUCCGCGGGAUUCUAGGCGGAAGACUGGUAUUGUGGUCUUUGUGGACCGCUUCAGCAAGAUGGUGCAUCUCGCUACUGUCGCAGCGGAGGUGACCUCCGUACAGACGGCACGUCUGUUCGUAGACAUGGUGUUCAAGCACCAUGGCAUGCCCAACGACUUUCGCGAUCCGCGCUUCAAGGCGCGUUUCUGGCAAGAAGUGUUCACACUUCUUGGAACGUAG